AUGGAGAUUCCACCAGACGUUCCAACCUGCGCGCUGACGUGCCUGAUCUCCGCCAUCGGCAACUCGACAUGUUCCUUCACCGAUCUCGACUGCGUUUGCGGCGAUGCUCAGCUCAACGCACAGUCUACAGCCUGUGUUCUCGGGUCCUGCUCGGUCAUGGAGUCCCUAACCGCGAAGAAUAUGACCUACACCCUUUGCCAAUACCCGUAUAGUGAUGAUACGCACGUUUUCCCUGUUACCAAUAUUGUCGGCAUCGUCGUCGCGAUUGUUUCAGUUGCGAUGCGCCUGACGAGCCGCGCUAUGGACAAACGAUUGGGCUGGGAUGACUUACUUAUCUUCGUUGCUCUGCUUUUUGCAGCCGCUAUCUCCGGUAUUGGAAUCAAACUCAAGGAUACUGGUCUAGGCAAAGAUAUAUGGGCCGUGCCUUUCGAUGAUAUAAGGAAGACUCUCAAGCUAUUCUUCAUUGAGGAAGAGCUCUACGGCGCAUGCAUUGCCAUUGUCAAAUGCUCCAUGUUGAUGCUCUAUCUUCGUCUUUUCCCAAACCGGGGCCUGCGCAUUGCCGUCUACAUCACUCUUACUGUAACCAUCAUGUGGGGGCUCGGAGCCGUCUUUGUCCUGCUCGGUUCUUGCCAACCUAUAUCCCACUAUUGGAAUGAAUGGGAUGGGGAACAUGAGGGCAAGUGUAUCAGCCAGAACGAUAUUCUUCUCGCGCACUCCAUUAUCAACAUUCUUCUUGACGUUGUUAUUACUAUCAUGCCUCUGCCGAUUGUGGUCAAGCUCCACAUGCCGCUUGGGAAACGACUUGGAGUGAUGCUCAUGUUUGGCGUGGGUAUAGUGGUCACCAUCAUAAGUAUCAUGCGGCUCGUGAAAACAGUAGGAUUCAACAGCACACAAAACCCAACAAAGGAUUUCGUCCCUGUCGGAAUAUGGAGUCUUCUCGAGUUCGACGUCGCCAUCAUGUGCGCCUGCAUGCCCGCAAUCCGAACGCUCUUCAUCCGCCUCUUCAAACCACCAACCGACACCUACGCAUACGGCUCAAACCGCUACAACUACAAGGGUAGCGGUGCGUCCGGCUCGCACUCCGGAAACGGGUCUCGCGCCCGCUACUCAACGCAUAUUCCCUCAAAAGCGCACAACAACCCACCGAAUCUUGACUCCGUUGGAGGAAUCCGACUUGAGCAGGAGUUUAUCCGCCUGGAGGAGGUCGAGGGCGAGGAUGCGGAUGCAGAUGCUGGAUGGUCUAAGCAAGAUACCCAUCACUCUUAUGAAGACGCCAGAUCCCACUCUGCAGCACAAUUGGUCCGCAAGGGGACUCCUUGA